AUGCAGAAGAAACGUGUCCAACUGUCAUUUCUAAUAAGAAAUGAAAACGAACGUUUGCAUCGAGGUGGUAUCAACGCGCUUCGAUACGACUGCAAAAAUGAUCGUCUUUAUACCGCCGGACGGGACUCCAUUAUUCGUGCAUGGGAUUGCAAGCGAUAUGGUUCAGAUAUGUACGAAUAUUCGAUGGAACAUCACACUGAUUGGGUGAACGAUAUAGUUUUAGUGAAUUCGGGAAAACAUAUUCUCUCUGCGUCGAGUGAUGCAACCAUUAAAUUAUGGAAUGCACCGAAAGGAACUUGUAUGUCAACAUUGCGAACGCAUAAAGAUUUCGUCAAAUGUUUAGCAUAUGCUAAAGAUAAAGAGCAAGUGGCCAGCGGUGGUUUCGACAACAAUAUCUUCUUAUGGGAUAUUAAUGUACUAACCGCUUUAACUGCUGUGAAUAAUACAGUAACAACUUCAACAUUCACUGGCAAUGAACAUUCGGUAUAUAGUCUAGCAAUGAAUCCGUCUGGUACAGUUUUAGUUAGUGGUUCACCAGAAAAUGUGAUACGUGUUUACGAUCCAAGAACAUGUGCUUUGUUAAUGAAAUUAAAAGGACAUACAGAUAAUAUUCGUGCAUUAGUUUUAAAUCGAGAUGGAACUCAAUGUAUCUCAGCUAGUUCGGAUCAUUCAAUUCGUAUUUGGUCUCUUGGGCAACAACGAUGUAUUAGUAAACUUCAGAUCCAUUCCGAUGCUGUUUGGACAUUAUGUGUCAACGAAGCAUUUACUCGGUUGUAUUCAAGCGGCCGUGACAGAAAAGUGUAUCUUACAGAUCUAACGGAGCCAUCGAGAAGUAUCUGCGUUUGUCAAGAAGCAGAACCUGUUCUUCGAGUUGAGCUCGGCAAAGAACAGCAACAAUUAUGGGUUUCAACCACUGAAUCCAAUAUACGUUGUUGGAACUUAAAAGAUAGUUUAACCGCAUUAACACGUACGAAUUACGACGAUAGCGAAGUGAUCUGUAAACAGCCAGAUAUGAUCAUUCAAGGCGGACCAGCAUUGAAACACUAUCAUAUAUUAUCAGAUAAAUGUCAUAUUGUCACAAAAGAUUCGAAUAGCAAUGUUGCGAUCUACGACGUGUUACAAGCUCGAAUGACCGAAAAUCUCGGAAAAUGCGAUUAUGAAGAAGAGAUACGAAAGCGAACAAAAACAAUUUUUGUGCCCAACUGGUUCAGUGUUGAUCUCAAAGUUGGCAUUCUAACCAUAACACUCGAAGAAAGUGAUGUAUUUGCAGCUUGGAUCGCUGUAAAAGAACCCGUCGAUAAUGGAUUAGCUGGUGGUAGUAGUAGUGAAAUUAUUGAUUUGAAAGAAAACUACGGUGUGCUGAUGCUGCAUUCAUUAUUCGAACAUUGGCCAGUGACCAAACAAGCAUUAGAAACGAAUGAUGGCUAUGCAGAACGAAUUCAUCUCGAUAAUCUUUGUCAUUUACCUGGACAUACACCGAUCUUUGUUGGCGAAAUUGGUGGUCGAACACUUUAUCGUUUUCGAUGUAGUGAAGCGGGUGGUGAGCCCGAGCAAAGUUUUCUCUAUGAAGUUUUACCACAAUUCAUCACCAACGUAAUCAUCAAACAUCAAAUUCCUCCUCUGACCAAAAUUCCGUUCAUUCUUCAUCAUCAAAUCAGUGCUACGAAAUAUAACAAAAAAGAUCGUUUAUCUGCAAGCGAUAUGAUGAUCGUACGAAAAGUGAUUGAAUAUAUUUACGAACGCUAUGUUCUCAAUGAACAACAGCAGCAGCAACAGCAGCAGCAGCAUCAACAACAACAACAACAACAACAGCAGCAAAAUGCCGCUAUAGCCACAACCGGAAAUGGAUCAAAUCAACAUGAUGGAGAUACUGAACAACAGCGUGAAUCGGAUAUUAGUAAAAGCGUUGAUCUUAUUGAACUGUUAUGUCAAGAUCAAGUUCUGGAUUUGACAAUGGAUCUACGAACUGUGAAACAUUUCAUGUGGAAAGGAGGUGGCGAUCUCGUUUUAUGUUUUCGCACCAAAGCAUAA